CUUCUCUAAAUAGAACGUAUUGUAAUCUUCUCUCAGUCCAACGUGGUUCCUUCUCUUAGAGUGCUGCUUCUUCUCUGCACUUGUUUGCUUUAUGAAGUGUCAGUGAUGAAUUUGGAGCAAGAAAGGCCAUUUGUCUGCAGCGCCCCAGGCUGCUCCCAGCGUUUUUUCACAGAAGAUCACCUGAUGAUUCACAGGCACAAACAUGAAAUGACUUUGAAGUUUUCCUCGAUAAAAAAUGAUAAUAUAUUAUCAGACCAAACACCCACGCCAACACGUUUUCUGAAGAACUGUGAAGAAGUAGGACUUUUCAAUGAUCUGGACUGCUCAAUAGAACAAGAAUUUAGGAAGGCUCAGGAGGAAGAAGACAAUAAAAUGAAUAUUUCAUUGCACACUUCUGUUGGACCAUCAUCACAUCAGCCACCCCACUCAAGAUUAUCAACCCAAGAUGGCAUAGUGAUUCAACAAGCCAUGCCAUCACCCCAGUCCAGCUCAGUAAUCACUCAAGCACCUUCCACCAACCGACAGAUUGGGCCAGUUCCUGGCUCUCUGUCUUCCUUACUUCAUCUUCGGAACAGACAAAGACAACCAUUGCCUGCCUCAAUGCCAGGAACGUUGCCUGACCCCACCAUGCCAGGGUCCUCUGCAGUACUAAUGCCAAUAGAAAGGCAAAUGGCAAUGGGUUCUAACAUGAUGGGCUUACAGGGUCCAAACCUCAAUAACUCCUGUGCUUCUCCCCAAGUCCCUUCUAUGCAUUCUGAAGCAAAACUGAGACUAAAAGCAGCACUGACACAUCAUUCUGCUGGCAUGUCCAAUGGGAACAUGAACUCAAUGGGGCACAUGAUGGAGAUGAUGUCAACUCGGCCAGAACAGACUCACCAUCAGAUGCAUUCUCAUCCACACCAGCACCAGUCCUUGCCACCUCAACAUCACGCUUACCAACACCCACACCCCCAACACCAUCACCAUGCACAUCCACAGGCCCCACAUCACCACCAACAGAGUCACCCACACCAUCACUCACAUAAUCCUCAUCUGCACGGGCAUCCUGGGCAUCACCAGACCUCUCCACAUCAAGCUAUUCACUCGGGCCCCCAGUCACAGGUGUCACCUGCUGCCCAGCAAAUGCAACCAACACAGACUUUACAGCCACCACAACCCACUGGAGGUCGUCGGAGGAGGGUGGUAGACGAGGACCCAGACGAAAGACGACGGAAAUUUCUUGAAAGGAAUCGAGCCGCCGCCACUCGCUGCAGACAGAAGAGGAAAGUGUGGGUGAUGUCACUGGAAAAAAAAGCAGAAGAACUUACUCAGACAAACAUGCAGCUUCAGAAUGAGGUCACAAUGUUGAAAAAUGAAGUAACACAACUAAAGCAGCUUCUGCUAACUCACAAGGACUGUCCCAUCACUGCCAUGCAGAAGGAGUCCCAAGGUUACUUGAGUCCAGAGAGUAGCCCACCAGCCAGCCCUGCUCCAAUCUGCUCGCAACAGCAAGUCAUUCAGCACAACACCAUCACAACCUCCACGUCGGCCGUCAGCGAAGUCGUAGGCAACUCUGCACUAAGUCACUUAGCCAACCACAGAACAGACAUGAAUCCUAUUCUUUAAAAAACUAACAGCAGCUCACUGACUGCUGAAAACAGUUCUAUUGCCUCAUUUGAGACUCUUUUUAAGAAGAAGAAAAUGCCUGGAAUCAAAUUCCGAAAUGACUUAAAUGUUAAUAUUAGAGGCAAACUGAAUUUUUUAAAUUGUUGUUUGUAUUUAGUUGUAAGGGAAAUAUGCAAUUAAUUUUUUUCUUUUUUUUGUGAAAUGCUUUGCAACUUUACUUCAAAUUCCAGAUACUGUUCAGAGCAAAUGACGCUGAAGAACACCCUGGACCUACAAGUGGAAAUUUUGUCAAACCACCAAUUCAGUUGAAGGCCUCACAAUGUGACUACUUAUUGUAUCCUGAGCUUCCAAAUCAGUGUUUUUGUAUUUCUGAAGAUAUUACUCGCCAAUUACUUGGAUUCCUUUUCUCCUUUUUAUUAAUAGCAUUACCAGUAUUUUAUUCUGUUCACUGAAUAACAAAAGGUGCAGUACAAUGUGUGUGCAUAUGAAAAUGUAUACUUUCAAAAAGUAAAACGCAGUAAUCCAAAAAA